AUGGAAGACCCCUAUGAUAAAGCCGUCGUUCUUGGGCUACGAUGGAGCAAUGAUGACCUGGACUUGGCUAAACCUCAAGGUGCACUUCUCGAGACAUUCCGGACACAAUGCAGAUUCGAGACGGCUAGUUUGCUUAUCCCCUCUAACUCUAGGGAGGAUGCGAUGGAGGCGAUAUAUGACACAGUUGAUAAACUCCGUCAGAACCCUGAUGCCGUUAGAAUCCCAUGGUCUUCCAUUUAUCUUGACAUGAAGGCAGACGUCCUCGUUCUCAUUGAUACCUCCUACUCUGGAAGCUUCCUCCAGCCAUGCCACAGCCUGGGAAACAUACUGCGGUACAGUGAACGUAACGCUGAGUACCUGUUCUCGACAGGCAACGAGAUCUCUGAUCAAAAUGGUCCCACUUACGAUGUUAACAACAAUUUCACGACCCGUCUGACAGAACUUCUAUACACUGCGUCACCAGCGCCGGUUACCGUCGUACAACUCCACGAAGCUCUCUGUACCCAGGCCAAUGACCCACGUACCAAGCUGCGCUAUACUCCUCAGUAUAUGGACUGCAGCAAACCAACCAUCAUUCUCCAGCACCUCGAUAAUUACGUGUGGAGAAUAGAAAAUCCCACAUCCAAGGCACAAAUACCUAUCGGGCGUGUCCUUGUUUCCGUAUCUGUUCGAGGGAAUACCGUUCGCGGCCAGGCCAGGCAGUGGCAGGCGUCGCUAUCGAAAUUGGACACCGAGGUGACCAUUGAAGGUGUUUUUGACCUUCAGGGGUAUUUUCUGUGCCUUCUAUCAAUGCCUAUCUCGUUGUGGAAUAGUUUUCUACAUCCAGGGUACAAAUUCAUGAACUAUGAGGAGUCUCACAACCAACUGGCAACGGAUCCUAGCGCAAAUAGCCUCUUUGUAGCCACGCUUCUAGAGAGACCGAAGGAUCCAGCUUAUGUUGAUUAUGUCAUGCUCUCUGACAGAGGGGUGACCUGGCGACGCGAUAUACCGAUGAUCUAG